GUAGCCUACAGAGCUGUGUUGCGUGCUCCGCGUUUCAACUUUUGCAACUACUCAAUUUCAAGGAAUAAUGCUCUUUAUGAGAACAACAAAGUGGGAUUGUACACAACAGACCGAGACAAGAGCAGAGAGGAGACAAAUAUUGCAAGCUUAGGUGAUUAACAAGUUAAUUUGGAUCCUAUAGAUUUGUUACCAGGGAAUCGUGCAUGAUCUCCGCUGCUUCAUUCGCAGGCUACACUGGGGACAGAGAAGGAGAAUUGAAUAGGAUUUUGUUUACUACCUUCUCAAUGACUUUUAUAACUGGAUUCAACAUAAUUUCCACCGCGCAAUAAUAACCAGCUACCUGGACUCUUUCUCCUCUGUUUCUGGAAGCGGAGGGACCAUGCUGUGGGACAAACUGUGGUGGCUGUCCACCUUGCUGGCCCUGUUGGCCGAGGCACUGCCCACACUGCCCAAUGAGCCCCUCUCUGCCCCUCGGGUUUUCCUCUCCUUCAAAGAGCUGAGAUCUACUGGCACUGCCCACCACUUUUCCUUCCUGCUCAACUCAACGGACUACCGUAUCCUGCGUAUGGACGAGGACCACGACCGCAUGUACGUGGGCAGCAAGGACUACAUCCUGUCUCUGGACCUGCAUGACAUCAACAAGGAGCCACUCAUAAUUCACUGGCCAGUGGCUCCUCAGAGGAAGACUGAGUGUGUUUUGUCUGGGAAGGAUAUCAACGGGGAAUGCGGGAACUUCAUCCGUCUGAUUGAGCCGUGGAACCGAACCCACCUGUACGUGUGUGGAACAGGGGCAUACAACCCCAUCUGCACCUACGUGGACCGCGGACGCAGGUCCCAGGCCCUCUACCUGCAGGCGCCCCAGUCCGGAGGGAGGACCAGCCGGGCGGCAGACUUCAGCACUACAGCAGGGCCUGUGGAGCCAAAGGAAUAUAUCUUCCGUUUAGAGCCAGGCAAAGUGGAUUCGGGGAAAGGCAAAUGUCCUUACGACCCUAAACUCAACAGCGUCUCAGCUUUGAUCAAUGGGGAGCUCUACGCUGGGGUCUACAUUGACUUCAUGGGGACAGACGCGUCCAUCUUCCGUACUCUAGGGAAACAGACCGCCAUGAGGACAGAUCAAUACAACUCCAAAUGGUUAAAUGAUCCCACAUUCAUCAAGGCGCACCUCAUCCCAGACAGUGCUGAGAAGAACGAUGACAAGCUCUACUUCUUCUUCCGGGAGAAGGCUUCAGAGAUGGGCCAGAGUCCCAUGGCCCAGUCCAGGAUAGGCAGGAUCUGUCUGAAUGAUGAUGGUGGACACUGCUGUCUGGUCAACAAGUGGAGCACUUUCCUGAAGGCCAGACUCAUCUGCUCUGUGCCUGGAGUGGACGGCAUAGAGACCCACUUCGAUGAGCUCCGGGACGUGUUCAUCCAGCCAACUCAAGACACAAAGAAUCCUGUCAUCUACGGAGUGUUCUCAGUGUCAGGAUCUGUGUUUAAGGGCUCUGCAGUGUGUGUCUACUCCAUGGCUGACAUCCGCCAGGUCUUCAAUGGACCCUAUGCUCACAAGGAGGGGCCCAACUACCAGUGGAUGGCCUACACUGGGAAGAUCCCCUACCCUCGGCCUGGGACGUGUCCCGGAGGUACGUUCACCCCCAACAUGAAGUCCACUAAGGAUUACCCAGACGAGGUGAUUAACUUCAUGCGGAACCACCCCACCAUGUACAACACUGUGUAUCCAAUACACAAGCGCCCCCUGGUGGUCCGAAACAACGUGGACUAUGAGUUUACCACCAUCACUGUGGACCAGGUGGCUGCUGCCGAUGGGAGCUAUGAGGUCCUAUUCCUGGGGACAGACAGGGGGACGGUUCAGAAGGUAAUUGUCCUGCCCAGAGAUGACCUGCAGACUGAGGAGCUGGUGCUAGAGGAGGUGGAGGUGUUCAGGGUGCCAACUCCCAUAACCACCAUGAAGAUUUCCUCCAAAAGGCAACAGUUGUACGUGGGCUCAGUGUUGGGUGUGACCCAUCUGGCCCUCCAUCGCUGUGACGUGUACGGAGAGGUGUGUGCUGACUGCUGCCUGGCCCGGGACCCGUACUGCGCCUGGGACGGAAAGUCCUGUACCCGCUACUCUGCCUCGCAGAAGAGAUCUGACCCCUCUAGGCGCAGCCGCCGACAGGAUGUAAAGUAUGGUAACCCAAUCCGCCAGUGCAGAGGCUAUAACUCUAACGCCAAUAAGAACACACUGGAGAUGGUGCAGUAUGGGGUGGAGGGCAGCACUACGUUCCUGGAGUGUCAGGCUAGGUCCCCUCAUGUCUCUCUCAAAUGGCACCUGCAGAGGGAGAACAGCGACAGGAGGAAAGAGAUCCGCUCUGAGGGCCGGACACUGAAGACAGAGCAGGGUCUACUGCUGCGUUCCCUCCAGUCAUCAGACAGCGGUGUCUACCAGUGCACGUCCACAGAGAAGAACUUCAAACACACGCUGGUCAAGCUGCAGCUGGUGGUCCUGUCCAGCCGCACGGUCAACAGCAUCCUGGUAGAGACAGGCAGCCCGGCCCUGCCACCCCUCCAGUCCAGCCCAUGGACCCCCAGCGCGGGUCAGUACAAGGACCUGCUGACCAUCCUGAGCCAGCCGGAGAUGGGCCUGAUCAACCAGUACUGUCAGGACUACUGGCAGCUGGGAGAGGGCAGUCCGGGGGACCCCAUGCUGGCCGUCGGUAAGGCCAAGGAACUGAAGGAGCUGAAAGAGCAGAAGAAGCCCCGCAACCGCCGGCAUCAUGACGAUGAGGAUGAUCACACCACCGCAGCCGAGACAUGAGGCCGUAGGUUUAUACCACUGGCCACACACUACCCCUUAUACCCAGACACCCAACCCCCUGUCCCAUCCGCUCUCUCCCACUCUGCACAACCCUCCAAAAAUGGGAAAGACUUCAAUCAAAGGAUUAAAAAAUGUAAUGAUCAAAAGCGACAACAAAGAGAAACCACUACAAAUAGCAACAGCAAGCAACAAACAGAUUCUUCUUAACUGUUAAAAAAGAUACACAGUAUUUAUUGUAGGUUGUACAUAGUAAGAUUCUGUGGAUUUCUUUGUACUUAAAUAGAAAACAAAGCUUUUUUUUGUGCAAAUCUGUGCAAAUAUGAUUGUUAUUAUAAUGAUAUUAAUGUUGUUAGUGUUAUUGUUUAUUACAAAUGGUGUUAUUAGAUUGCAAAUAUCUUUAUGUUCCGUCUUUUGGAUGAAGCGCAGCAACACAUUGAAAGGACGUUUGAAAGUGUAAAUAUCUCCAGCUGAAUAGACUGAUAAGAAUGCCUUCAAAAAGGUUUCACUGCUGGCAGUAUGUAGUCUGAGGUGGGAGGAGUCAGAUCACUGAUGGAGUGAUGAACCUCCCCCAAAGCCAUGAUGGACAGUUGAUUCCCACAGCCAAUGAACUAUAAGGAUGACACUUCAAGGCAUUUCAUUGGACAAGCAGAGAGAUGAGGAAAUGCCCAUAGGAGACUGCAGCUUUGAGUUUGUCCCACGGCCACAGACAGACACGAGAGUGAAAGGCCUUGUGGGAAAUGACGCCCUCCUCUUCCUUAGCCAGCCUAACUGACCCUGGGGUGAAACAAGACUUAACCCCAAAUCCCAUCAAAUAUUUUCUUCUCUUCCAGAAGCUGAUGAGGGAUGCCUGUGUCUUCUUGGGCCAUGUGGUCCAAUCUGGCUUUCUUUCAACCCCAUGUGUUAUAUUUACAUUGAUAUUCCCAGUCGCUUCCAGAACUAGUUGCUGUGGGCUUUUUGUGUGUAGAGUAUAUGUCAAUAUGACAUCUCAAUGUUGUACCCUUGAGGCUGUGAUGGUUAAAAUAAGCGGGUUUUGGGAUGGGAUUGAAAUAACAUUGACUUCCCUUUGUACACCAUUGUUCAACUGAGACUAGAAUUUUAAGCAGGCAGCUACAUAACUUGUGACAAUUUGAUUAUGCACAAUUACGACAAGAGACAGAGAAAUCUCUUUGACUUCUUUUUGAAGUUGGUCACAUUCUCUUAGUCUCCAAACUAAUCUAUAAGUAUACUGGUUUGCAUUCCAGCCUAUUCCUAUUCUACUUAUGAGGUCAGUUGUUUCAUAUGAAAUGUGCUGACAAUUUCUAAACUCCUCCAAUCCUCCCAUGUAAUUUCCAAUAUCACAGCUCUCCUAGUAAUAUACCCUUAGUCCACAUUGUUUUACGUCAGAUAGCGCAACAAUUCCGCCUGCACUGAUUGGCGGUUGAGGGAUGAGCGUCGCGUAGGUGUGAUGCCACCUGAAUGUAAGACAAUGGUUAGUCCAUGGAAGUCACUAAAGGGAAAGUGCAUAAAGACUGUUUUCAAAGUUCUAGUUUAAUAGGUUGUAGCGGGAUACCAUAGGUUUCUCAGAGCUGUUGUCCAGUUCCUACAGAAGGUAAAUGUUACACCACUCUCACUAAAGACUUGAUUCAACUUCUCUGAUCAGCCGUUGUUGAUGGUAUUCUGCCUGGAAAGGUGUCAUAAUCCACAGAUGUGUAUAGCAGAAAGACUCUGUCUCCAUGUACAACUCUAUGUAUAUAGCUACUGCUACUAGAAUGAUCUGCUCUUGACCACAGGGAAACACAUACCAAACUCUUUGGGACGGUGGCUUUUCAUUGUGUGCAUGAAAUGUAUUAUGUACUGUAUAUGAUAUUAGUCCAAAAAGCUAUGCUGUGGAUGUCAGUGGAUGUCUCUCUUGUUGUGGGAAUAAUGUCAGUGGAUGGAAAGGCGGAUGGACUCAAACCCUAGUGGUGGAAAACUCAACACACAGAGUUAUAGACCCCUUUCUCUCCUUCUCUUCUCUCUUUCCCGCUCUCUUUACCUCUCUCUUUCUCUCCUUCUCUUCCUUUCUUUCUCCCUCUCUGUAUUUCUCAAAAAUAUUUCAAAUAUAUGCAUCUUUGGCAAAUUUCUGAUAUGGGUUAAUGAGGAAAAAUCACUUAGUAUGACAUAAAGCACAGUUGAUGUUAUUGUAAUGACUUGACUAUUUCUCCUUUCUCAUUGAUGUUGCUGACUAAUAAAUUAAAGCUCUAUAUUUUAUAAAAACAGAAAUCCUUUUUAUAUUCAUAUGGUGCAUGGAUAACUAUACUGAACAAAAAUAUAAACGCAACAUGCAACAAUU